AUAAUAAUAAUAAUUACAGGGAAUACACUGAAAGGGAGAUAGCAAUGUCACACUGGCUGAAUGAUUUGAAGUGACAUGUAGCAAAUGGAAGCGCACGACAGGGAGAUUUAUCGAUUUAAAACAACAGGCAGUAUAGCCAUUGAGCAAAACGGUUCUCUAAUCUCAAACACACGCAUUUCAGCAUCGUAUUAGUCCAGAAAACAACAAGUAAAUCAUGGGAAUUAGUGCAGUAAAAAUACACGACUUUUAUCACCCCACACCCUGCCGGGACAGCCCCGCACUGUAAUGCUGAGGUGCAUUUUACACAUCCUGAAUUACUUCAACCACCAUCGCGUUUGUUGAAGUUUGGUAGAAUUUUCAAAAGUAAUGUUUAAACCGCACACCAAAAAAAUAAAAAUAAAUAACAACUUUAUCGGAGAUACGAUCCUCUAGAAAUGUCGAAUCUGCCGUGAAUAUCGCGGAUAUGUUUUUGAGCGAUUCAUAACAAACAGUUUGCUGAUCAGAACUUUAGGGCUAUUUGAUUACUAUUUAAAAAAAAACAAAAAAAAAAAAAAAAACCCUGAACAAUUGAUUCCUUCAAACGGAUUUUUAUUUUUCGCCUGAGUUCAUGUUAAGUUGCGCUCCCCUUUGUGACUGUGGUCUGUGCGGACCGUUGUUGGCCGUGGCGCUGUUUCUAUGUAGUUUGUAAAACACCAAGGACCGGAAGAGAGGCUGGGCUGCGUUACUACACGUGUGUAGAUGUUGGCGUGCACCGUGUUUUGCUGGUAAUUUAUUUUCUAAGAAGACAGCGAAAUUGAUCAAAUAAAUAAAUAAAGUGAACCAAACAUGGCUGAAAUUGUUCAGCAGCGUAUUGAAGACAGAAUUCCAGAACUGGAGCAGCUUGAGAGAGUUGGUUUGUUUACGAGGAAAGAAGUGAAGGCUAUGAUUAAGAAAGUAUCAGCACUGGAAUACAAGCUUCACAGGAGGAUAAUUAGCAAAGAAGACUUCAUCACAUAUAUCCAGUACGAGAUCAAUGUUUUGGAACUGAUCAAGAAAAGAAGAUCGCGAAUUGGGUAUACAUUCAAGAGAGAAGAGAUCGAGUUCACAAUAAUCCACAGAAUUAACAAUGUUUUCAGGCGAGCAACAGCAAAGUGGAAGGAGGACGUCCAGCUAUGGCUGUCUCAUAUCGUCUUUUGCAAGAAAUGGAACACAACAACGCAGCUCAGCAAAGUGUUCUCCUCGAUGUUAGCGAUUCAUCCAGACAAACCAGCUUUUUGGAUCAUGGCAGCGAAGUGGGAGAUGGAGGAUCGAAAUUCAUCAGAAAGUGCCAGGCUUUUGUUCCUGCGUGCCCUGCGCUUCCACCCAGACAACAAGAAACUUUACCAGGAGUAUUUCCGAAUGGAGCUCAUGCACGCAGAGAAGCUUCGGAAGGAGCAGAAAGCGCUGGAGCAGGCGAAGAUGGAGUUGGGAGAGUAUGAGUUUUCAGAGGAGAUCAUGAAAGCUGAACUGGCCCGAGUGAUUUAUAAAGAUGCCAUUCAGAAAAUUAAAGGUGCAGAUUUCAUGCUGUCAUUCUUGUCAAUCGCUCGACUGUUUGACUUCACGAAAGAAAUGCAAGAGGAGAUCCUGCAGGAUCUGCAGAGUUUGCAUGCUGAUGACCCACUGAUGUGGGACUUCAUGGCGAAGCGGGAACUGGAGGUGGAGUCCCUGCCGACCCCGGACUCCGAGUCCAAGCAGACGAAGGCGUUGGAAGUGGGGCGCCGGGAGGAGAGGUGCUGCGCGGUGUACGAGGAGGCCGUGACCGCAAUGCCCACAGAGGCUAUGUGGACUCGCUAUGUCACGUUCUGCUACGAGAGAUUCAAGAGGAAAUCAAACAACGAGGAGCUGAAACAGAAAAGACGAGAGAAGGCUCUAGCAGUGUUUCAGAGGGCACAUGAAUCGUCGCUGCUUGCAGAAUCACUUUACAAGCAAUGGCUCCAGGUGCUGCUGGCAGUUGGUCUGACGGAGAGCGCUGCAGAAGUAGCCGUAGCAGCGGCAAGGCGCUUCAGCCAAUCGCUGGACACCUGGCAGAGCUGCCUUCAGGUCCUGGUGAGUGUGAGGAGCCACCAUGUCCCCACACUGUUUGAGGAGGCCCUCGCUCACAUCAAACCCAAGGAAAGUCUGCCCCUGUGGAUUCUCCGAGUGGAAUGGACUGAAGAGACACAGAGCCCUGAAGACACAGAAGCCUUCUUCCAGAAGGGGCUGCUUUCCUUGGUCCCUGCCGUCUCCAUAGCGAUGAAAGAAAAGUACUUGGACUGGUCCUACAGGAACGGAGGAGUCAAGAAGGCAAGGAAGGUCUUUACAAGUCUUCGGGAAAAUCGACCGUUUUCUUUGGCCUUUUUCCAAAAAAUGAUACAGAUUGAAAAGGAACAGGAGACCUGCAAGAUGCUGAACCUGCGGGAAUACUACGAGCGAGCGCUCCGGGAAUUCGGGUCUGAGGAGGACAAUUUGUGGCUGGAUUACAUUAAGGAGGAACUGAAUCACCCGCAAGGGAAACCCGAAAACUGCGGCAAGAUACACUGGCGAGCCAUGCGCGUGCUGCAGGGGGAGCGGGUGGAGAGCUUCAUAGCCAAGUACACGCUGUCACAAACCGGACACUUGUAGGAGAAGCGAUUCUGAGCUUCAGACACUCCUGGAAGAAGAUGAUUGUGUUAUGGCUAAUCCUUACCGUAUUUCAAAUUUAGAAUUUGUAUUUAAAAACAAAGAUCUUUAAAAACAAGGUUUCAUUGCUGUUUUGUUUUUGAAAUGCACAAAUAAAAAGGUAAGAGUCCCAUUUUAAGACCGUUGAACGUUCAGGCCAGGUUCCAGGGUGGUCAAGUUUCUGGGCAGUUGAGGUUGUUAGCUGUGAUGGAUGGGAAGUCCAGUACAUGUUUUGGUCAUGUUUCAAUUAUAUAUAAAAAAAAAACAACAAUAAUAAUAAAUUCUAUAAAAAUUGACAUUUCAUAAUUCCAUAACUCCAGGUGACUUACCAUAUAUGAUGCACUGAAGGUCACAUUGUCUGGUGAUAAGGGAACCAAAAACUGUAACACAGGGGACCAAUAUUAGAGACGCACAGAUACAGUAUAAACAAGUUGCAGGUUCAAAAGUUUUACAAAACUAAGUCUGCCUUUUUGUCGAGUUUUCUACUGUGGUAAACUGACAUGUACGACAGUAACGCAGGAUCAAAGUGCAUUUUCAGAACAAUGCCAGUAACACAGGACAAGCUUCACCAGCGCCACAUCAAUCACAGUAAUGUUACUGGAAGUAGAGAAUUACUAUGCAAGAAAACACUCGAUGGCUUGUACUGGACAUGUUUAUUGUUUUAAUGUCAUGUUUCACGGUAUUUGCCGUUGUCCUCCAAGAGCAGUGCCCCAGUUAAAUGUCUAGUAACACUUGAGUUAUUGAAAAAUUGCAACUGAAAAAGAAACCGCACCACUGAAGCAGUACUUGUGCUUACAGUAAGCAUCUGACAACAGAGGUCGGGUUUUCUUGCUGUUGUGAGUUACAGUGAUACUGAGCUUUAUGUAUUUUUUUUUUUUUUUUAAAUAUACAUAUAAUAAAUGUACUUGCUGUUUACUAAGUAUUGUGGUAGUUUGAAAAUAAAACUGCAUUUGUCAGGGA